UCCAUCAGGUUCUGAUUUCCAGAACCUGGUGGGGGUGGGAGGGGGGAGGGGGAAUCUAGUCGACUUGCCUUCUCCCAGCCCCAGGAAGUGGCGGGACCCUGGCGGUGCCCUGGGUGGACUUCUCAGUGGAGACGCCGGGCCCCAUAGUACGGGGGCCCGAAGGCCGGCAGAGCGAAGUUUGGCUUUUCCAGAUUGGGGCUUGAGCCGCCUAGUCUCCAGGACCCUCCCGUCGAUCCCGCGCGGGGUGCUGCGGGCGAUCCGGACCGGCUCUUCUGGCGCGGUGGGGACUGGGGCUUUGAACUUGGAUCCUUGUGCUUAAUGACUUGUGCACUCAGUCAGGUGCGCCACCAACUGGCUUUUGCUUCACCAUUCUAUGUGAUGCUGGGAGUGGAACCUAGGACACAAGACCAGCAAGAAAAGGUGGACAAGUCUUAUUUCCAAGAGAAGAUGACUUUUAACAGUUUUGAAGGAUCUAAAACUUGUGUACCUGCAGACAUCGAUAAAGAUGAAGAAUUUGUAGAAGAGUUUAAUAGGUUAAGAACAUUUACUAAUUUUCCCAGUAGUAGUCCAGUCGCAGCAUCAACACUAGCACGAGCUGGUUUUCUAUAUACUGGUGAAGGAGACACUGUGCGGUGCUUUAGUUGUCAUGCAGCAGUAGAUAGAUGGCAAUAUGGAGACUCAGCAAUUGGAAGACACAGGAAAGUCUCCCCAAAUUGCAGAUUUAUUAAUGGCUUUUAUUUUGAAAAUCAUACUGUACAACCUACAAAUCACACUGUCCAAAAUGGACAGCACAAAGCUGAAAACUGUCUGGGGAACAGAAAUCAUUUUGUUUUAGACAGGUCAUCUGAGAUUCAUGCAGACUAUCUUUUGAGAACUGGACAGGUUGUAGAUAUAUCAGACACCAUAUACCCAAGGAACCCUCUCAUGUGUAGUGAAGAAGCCAGAUUAAAGUCCUUUCAGAACUGGCCAGAUUAUGCCCACUUAACCCCAAGAGAGUUAGCCAGUGCUGGACUCUAUUACACAGGUAUUGAUGAUCAAGUGCAGUGCUUUUGUUGUGGUGGAAAACUGAAAAACUGGGAACCCUGUGAUCGUGCAUGGUCAGAACACAGGCGGCACUUUCCUAAUUGCUUCUUUGUUUUGGGCCGGAAUGUUAAUAUUCGAAGUGAAUCUGAUGUCACGAGUUCUGAUAGAAAUUUCCCAAAUUCAACACAUCCUCCAAGAAAUCCAUCCAUGGCAAACUAUGAAGCACGGAUCAUUACUUUUGGGACGUGGACAUACUCAGUUAACAAGGAGCAGCUUGCAAGAGCUGGAUUUUAUUCUUUAGGCGAAGGUGAUAAAGUCAAGUGCUUUCACUGUGGAGGAGGGCUAACUGAUUGGAAGCCCAGUGAAGAUCCUUGGGAGCAGCAUGCUAAAUGGUAUCCGGGGUGUAAAUAUCUAUUAGAAGAGAAGGGACAAGAAUAUAUAAAUAAAAUUCAUUUAAGUCAUUCGCUUGAGGAGUCUCUGGUGAGAACUGCUGAAAAGAAACCAUCUCUAACGAAAAAAAUUGAUGAUACAACUUUCCAAAACCCGAUGGUAGAAGAAGCCAUGCGGAUGGGAUUCAGUUUCAAGGACAUUAAAAAAAUAGUGAAGGAAAAAAUUCAGACAUCUGGGAGCAACUAUAAAUCACUGGAGGUUCUAAUUGCAGAUCUAGUCAGUGCUCAGAAAGACCAUGCACAAGAUGAAUCAAGUCAGACUUCCUUGCAGAAAGAGAUAAGUACUGAAGAGCAACUAAGGCUCCUACAAGAGGAGAAGCUUUGCAAAAUCUGCAUGGAUAGAAAUAUCGCUAUCGUUUUUAUUCCUUGUGGGCAUCUGGUCACUUGUAAGCAGUGCGCUGAAGCAGUUGACAAAUGUCCCAUGUGCUACACAGUUAUUACUUUCAAGCAAAAAAUUUUCAUGUCUUAAAAAUCUCACUGUAUAGUGGGUGUGUUACAUUCUUAUUACCCUGUUUGGAUGUGUGAUGUGAAUUGACUUUAAGUAAUCAGCUCUGAAUUCCAUUAGCAUUUGCUACCGAGUUAAAAAAAAAAAAAGUAAACUGUAAUGCUAGAUUUGACAAGCUAAACUUUUGAUUUCUGGAUUGUUCAGAAUCGUAGCUAUAUUAUUUAUCCUAUUUUCACUCUUAGUUGAAAUUGUAGACUGAAGUACAUCAUAUUGUAACUAUUCACAGUACUUGUAAUAGCUUGACUUAGCUUCUAAGUGUGAGAGAAUCAAUCAACUGAAUUUUUUCAUUUGUUUCUGAUAGGUUUAACAAAUGGAGCAUUCUGUGCAGAUUUACAGAUUAGAGUUAAUCUCCCCAAUGAGAUAAUUUGUUUUGUGUGAAAGUGAAUAACCUAUUCUAUACUGGUGGAAAGAUAAGAGAUUACAUUUAGAUGUUUAUGUUUAGAAUUCAGUUUUUUUUUCUCCAAAAUAUGUUUAUACACGGCCUUGGGUCUGUGAUUUUUAUUUAUUUUUUUAUUUUAGUUUUAUCUUUUAUUAUUAUUUUCUUUAACCAGAGCACUACUCAGCUCUGGCUGAUGGUGGUGCCAGGCAUUGAACCUCGGACCUUGGCAUGUCAGAAGUAAAAGUCAUUUGUGUAACUAUUAUGCUAUCUCACUAGCUCCUGGGUAGAUGAUUUUUAAAAAUUAUUUUGCCAAUUGUCCUAAAGGUAUUUAAUGAUAGAAUACUAUCCAGUUGGGGCAGGGGAGAUAGCAUAAUGGCUUUAUGCAAAGACUCUCAUACCUGAGGCUCCAAAGUCCCAGGUUCAAUCCCCUGCACUGCCAUAAGCCAGAGCUGAGCAGUGCUCUGGUGUUUCUCUGUGUUUGUCUCUCUCUCUCUGCAUCUCUCUCAGAAAUAAAAUAAAUAUUUUUUUUUUAAAAAGAAUACUAUCCAGUCGAAUGUACUGACUUGGAAGGAUGUCCAGGAUAUGUUCAGUAUAAAAUGCAAGUGGCAAAACACUUUGUAACUAUGAGACAGCUAGAGGUGUGUGUACUUUGUAUAUAGAGAGAACAAGAGACUUGGGGAAAAUAUACACCGAACUGUUAAAUGUGGUUUCUCUUUAAGGGUGGGGGAAAAAUGGGUCCCAAAGAUAAUUUACAAGGACCUUUCACUUUCUACUUUUUCCAUUUUUUUGUUUGAAUUUUUUAUAAGUGUGUAUUAUUACCUUUGUAAUCAGAAUUUUUAGAAAGUGUUUUACUGAUUUAAAGGCUUAGGCAUGUUCAAACGCCUGCAAAACUACUUACUGCUCAGCUUCAGUUUUUCUAAUCCAGGAAGGCAGGGCAGUUAACCUUUUUGGUGUCAAUGUGAAAUUUAAGUGUUUUUGUUUUGCCUACUUUCUGGAUGAAAAAUCUUGCUGAGUGGUAGUUUUCUGACAGGUAGACCAUGUCUUCUUCUCUUGUUUCAAAAUAAAUAUUCCUGAUUUUGUAAAAUGAAAUAUAGAAUAUGUCUCAGAUCUUCCAAUUAAUUAGUAAGGAUUCAUCCUUAAUCCUUGCUAGUUUAAGCCUGCCUAAGUCACUUUACUAAAAGAUCUUUGUUAACCCAGUAUUUUAAACACCUGUCUGCUUAUAUAGUUAAAAGUAGAAGCAUGUUUGUACACUGCUUGUAGUGAUAGUUACAGCUCUCCAUGUUGAGAUUCUCAUAUCCCCUUGUAUCUUAAAGUUUAGCAAAAAUUUUACUGUUAGGAUGAUUUAGAUGUAUAUAGGAUAAAACGUUGUCUUCACCUGUUUUUGUUUUAUUGACUAGUAAUAGUAUUAAAUACUUCUGAAAUAAAUGUGCUCUCAAGAUCCUUACAAACCUCUUGGCAAUCAUAAGGAACAAUAAUUGUUUAAGUUAUUAAAGAAAAUAAAAUUCAUUAAGAGCCAAAAAGAUGACAAAAUUUAAGCCUAAAAAUGCUUCAUUUUUAAACAAGGUUUACAUGCCAAGAUUCUCACAAUGACCUGUUGUGCAAUGAGCAAUUCAUUUUACUGCAGAGAAAAGUCUGUGAAACUGUUAAAACUGUAUUUUCAAGGGUACUGCUUGUUCUUCUGAUUGUUAUCACUAUUUUUAGUGAUAUUCAUUGAAAGCAAUCCCAUUUUAAAAUGACUAUUUUUGAUUCAGUACUGACAGGAGAGAUAGUUUAGUGGUAGCACACUGAACUUGCAUGUGAAUGAGCCCAGAUUUGAUCCCAGCACUACCAUAAGACAGAGCUGAGCUGUGCUCUGGUCAAAAAGAAACAAACAAAACCCCAUGGAAUUAUGACUACUGUGUUUUUGGUUUACUAUGUAAGUCCUCAGUGCUUCACCUUUGUGCUGUAUUCCACUUAGAUCUAGUUAUACAUGUUCGUUAGACUAAAUUUUAGGUGUAUAGCCUACCCUUUACAAGGGGAGAAAAGUGUUAACAUUUUUAAUGUGUUUUCCAGGACACAUCAGCCCCAAAUCAGGUAGUUAGUUCAGUGUAGUUGUUGGCCAAGUACUGAAUUGUUUUAGCAUAAGACUUUUCCUGUUCUGGGAGCCUCAGUUCAUGAAUUAAAACUUGUUUAAAACUUGUAGGUUUAGAGUUAAGCAAGACUUUUUUUUCCCCAUGAGUUGUGAAAUUUAAUGCAAGAAAGCUGAUGUGGCUAACAAGUUUAUUUUAAGAAUUGUUUAGAAACACUGUUGCUUCAGUUUCUUAAAUCACUCAACAUUCCAACUUAUAAUAUAAAAAAAUGUAAGGCCAAUAUUUGUAUUCACACUGUCAAAAGCACAGUUCCUUCUUAUCUAAUUGUGGGGGAGAAAUGAUCACUUGUAAGGUGUAUAUAUAUAUCCAAAUCUUUACCUUCCCCGUCUUCCCAAAAUAGUUCUGAGUGUCUACAUGUAGACAUUCCCUUUCUGUAUAAAGUUCACUCUAAGAUUUCAGUCACCACCUGCUUUAUUACAUUUUAGUCAUGUGAAGAGCCAAGUUAUUUUGUAAGACUUGUUUUUAUUCAUAAUUGUUUGGUGUGCUGAUCAAAAAUCCUUGUCCUUAUUUUUUGAGAAAUAGCUUUAGUGUCUAUAAAUUCCUGUAAAUUAAUGGCUUUGUUGUUGCUUUUUUUUCUGUUAGAUUUAUUUAUAAUUUUUCCUCUUUGGUAGAGUGGGCAUAGGGAGUAUAAUAUAGUAUGAUCUUCUGUUGCUUUUUUGUUAUAGUAUUUAAAUUUGGGUAAUUUUUUUUUAUUGUAGUGGAUAGAACUAGUGUUUUGAACUCUCAACUCUCUGAAGGAAGACCGCCACCAUAGCGUUAGUUGCAUGCGUUGUACCCUUUAUACCCAAGUCAUUGUUUUAGUUCCUCAUUACCUAAGUGUUGAAUGGAAAAAAAAAGAGUAGAAUGGUGGAAGAAAUGGACUAGGUUGUAUAUAAUUUCCAUAAAUGUAAGAUGAUUUCUUAAUAUUUUAUAGAUGCAGUUCUUUUUAGCCAAAUCUGCUUCUAAAAUAAGAGGUAACCAUUUCUUCAUCCAUGAAAUGAGAACAGUACAAAGUUAAAGAGUACAGGCAAAUUAAAGAAUACCAGCUGUAAUCUUAAUUACCUCCCUAACACUAUUGUCAUGGGUUUGGCUUAAACCUGGACUGACUUGGGCUAAAAUUUAGAUAACUCAGUGACUAUUACUCAUUUGUGUUGUUAUUCCUCAUAAUUAAAAUGUAAAUUAGAAUAAAUUGAUAAUGGAGUCUUUUAAAUGUUAAAUUUUCAUUUUUUAAAUUUGACCUAGUAGAAAGAAAUUACUUAUUCUCACCUGUAUACUUUCAGUUUGAUUGUUACAAGCUUUGCACAUUGUGAUUUCCAUUUGCAGUAUAAUGGGAUCCUAGGGUACAGAAGCUAGAAGUGACCUUAGAAGAUCUCUGUUACUCCCCCCUCAUUUCAUAGGUAGGGCAACUGAGGCUCAACAUAGGAUGUGACUGAUGUGUUGAAGGCUGCAUAGCUAAUGCGAAACAGCCCAGACUAGGACAAGUUUGAAGGUGAAAAACUUCAGGCUACUCUCCUGGGAGGGCUUACCUUUUUUUGUUUUUUUAACUUCUUUGUUCUACGUCAUGACUUUCACUACAUGUUAAAUGACACUUUAUAAUUAAUAAAAUAGGACAAUCUUAAAUACAAAUAUAUCUUCAUAUUGUACAAUAUACAUUAAUGUUUGGGUGGUACGAUUCUAUUUUCAAGUCUAAAGUUUGCAGAUAUGCAUAUAAAAUUUUUGGCAUUUACUACAUUCUUAUGUAUCAUUACUGUAACAUUUAAAAUUACUAUGUAAGUAUAUUUUGUCACUUUGUCUAUACUUAGUAACACAUUUGCAUUUUUAUUUUAUAAAAGGGGCUUUAUUGUCAUUUCUGUUAGAACACUUUGCAUUUUUUUCAUUAGUAUACUGUAAUCUGACAGAAUGACUGAUUCUUAUGUCAUUGUAUUAGUGUUGUGAAUAAUCAUGUGAAAUAUUUUGAGAGAAUGUACUAUAUUUGUGAAUAUAAUUUUAUGGCUUUUUUUUCUUCACUUAGUAGAAGCCUUUCCAUCAGUAUGGGAAACUAAGAAAAUUGGUUCCCAUUGUAUAAUCUGGCAGUCAUCAAAGAUUAAAGCUUAUUUUUCUGUGAAUGAAAUUUAUUCAAUAAAGUACUAUUCUUUAA